UGCAAUUUGACAGGUUGUACACGAAAACUGCAUGAGUAAACUUGGAGAUUUUGAGAGGAAAAGGUUGGAAAAAUUACACAAAAACAGUCUAGAAAUUAUUUUCUAUAGUGAAUCUUCAAGAGACAAACGAUGUCUGAUAUAAAUCGUGAUUUAUAACUAAGUUUUGGAAAAAAGUAGCUCGCAUUUCCUCAGUUACAGAUUUAAAUCCGUUUAAUUUGUUAUGACAAUUUAGCGGAAAAAGCUACCCAGAUACCAUAUUUCUAGAUUUUUCUGUCAAUUAUGACUUCUCCAAUGAAAGACCCAAAUAUUGCCAAAAGGCUUGUAGAGGGUCUUCAAGGGGACCUAAGAACACUGUCAGCUGAGGGGAAGAGGAAAUUUCCUCAUGUCAAGGAGGCAUCAGAGCAAAUCCAACUGAAGUUACGGACAAUAUGCACAAAGAGUGAGGAUAUUAUGUCAGGUUUAGUCCCAGCUAGUGCGGAAGUCAUCCAACCAUUUGUGAUGGGGUGUGAUACCAAGAAUCCGAAAAUUGUUCAACUUUGUCUGACCGCAGUCCAGAAGCUGAUAGCACAUGAAGCUGUUUCUGUCACUGCUGCGGACAAUAUAAUCGGCAUGUUAUGGAAUCUGAUGGAAGCUGGACUAGAAGAGUUAAAACUUCUACAGACGGCCAUUAUCCUGAUUACCACCAACUCUGUUGUACAGCAUGACUCACUAGCCAAGGCUUUGGUGUUAUGUUUCCGUCUACACUUCACGAAGGACAGCACAACUAUCAACACAGCUGCAGCCACCAUCAAACAUCUAGUCAGCUGUGUGUUUGAACGAGUUGUUACAGAGGAUAAGGUUCCGAUUCAAGGACAGACAUCUGCAGUAAAUCUAGAGGAGCUGAAAACCCACAGCAAAACCCCGCCCCACUCCCUACGACCAUGUGCUGGGGAUGCCUACCUUCUGUUUCAGGACCUCUGUCAGUUGGUCAAUGCUGACCAGCCGUUCUGGUUGAUGGGGAUGACAGAGAUGACUCGGACAUUUGGCCUUGAACUCCUGGAAGCUGUUCUCACCUCGUUCCCACAAAUAUUUUUACAACACCAAGAGUUUAGCUUUCAGUUGAAGGAGAAGGUGUGCCCUCUUGUCAUUAAGUUGUUCUCCCCCAGCCUGAAGUAUCGCCAGGGGAUGCCCCCACCUCCCUCCCCAGCCCCAGUAGAAAGACCAUUUUUUCCCAUUGUCAUGCGACUUCUCAGAAUUGUGUGUGCAUUGAUCAAACAUUACUACUGUAUAUUGGUUACGGAGUGUGAGAUUUUUUUGUCCUUACUGGUAAAGUUCCUGGAUUCAGAGAAACCAAACUGGCAGAGAUGUUUAGCUCUAGAAGUGCUUCAUAAACUCAGUGUGCAACCAGAAUUACUAAGAUCUUUCACCCAAAGUUAUGACAUGAAACUUCACUCUACCAAGAUUUUCCGAGACAUAGUGAACGGGGUGGGGACGUACAUACAGUCCCAGUUUAUGAACCCCGCCUCAGGGACCACUACUACAGGUAACAAAACUCCGGACACCCAUGGUACCCCGCCAGCCCUGGUAGGGGGACUACCUGUGGGAGGGGGAGUCACCCCUCAGGCUGCCUUCAUGUACAGAGGGGUCUGGAUUCCCAUAGUAUUCACAGUACCAGCAGGACAGGCACGGCCCACUUAUUUAGAGAUGUUGGACAAGGUUGAGCCUCCACCCAUUGCAGAGGGGUACGGAUUGUCUCUGGCCUUCUACUGUCUGCUGGAGGUGGUAAAGAGUGUCCGAAUACUCGUCCACGGGGAACCAGAAAACGAGAACCAGACAACAACAAGCAGGGUCAGGAAGGACAUCUCAGUUGAGGAGCGAGGCCUGGAUGAGGAGUUGAUUAACUCCUCCUGGUGUGGUUUACUGGCGGCCCUCGCUCUCCUCCUGGAUGCCAGCACUGAUGAGAGUGCCACAGAAUCUGUCCUGAAGUCCAUGAAGAUGUUUGCUGAGUUAUGUGGGGAGCUGGAAAUGGCAACCCCUAGAGAUGCCUUCAUCACGGCUCUAUGUAAAGCCUCCCUCCCCCCACACUAUACCCUGACAAUACUUAACACUACAUCAGCACCCCAGAGUCCUGGCUCCCAAACAAAGGGCAAUCACACGAGAAUUUCUAGUCAAGAUUUGGCUUCUUUAGCAACAGAGUCAGAGCAACGAAGCCAAGUAGUUGCCGUGGGAACCCCACUUCCCACAGCAUCACUUCCUGUUGGGGCUCAUCAGGGGCCAGUCAUGCUAACUGCUAAGAAUAUACAGUGUAUGAGGUCACUUUUAUCUGUGGCCCACUGCAAUGGCGGAGUCCUAGGAACUGCAUGGCAUCUUGUGUUAACCACAUUACAACACUUGGUUUGGAUAUUGGGUUUAAAACCUUCAUCGGGAGGAAGCUUGAAAGCUAGUCAGCAGAUAUCAGACAGUUCAAACACAGUGAUAACCACGGCUGUGAUGGCAGAUCUGCCAGUCCUGGCCUCCAUGUUGUCCAGACUCUUUGAGAGCUCACAGUAUUUAGAUGAUGUUGCUCUUCACCAUUUGAUUGAUGCCUUAUGUAAACUGAGCAGUGAGUCUAUGGAGCUGGCCUACACUAACCGAGUACUCUACUUUUCUUGGGAUGCUGAACCGUCCCUAUUUGCUGUUGCCAAGCUCUUGGAAACAGGGCUAGUCAAUCUGCAUAGAGUAGAGGUACUAUGGAGACCAGUAACCAAUCAUCUAUUAGAGGUAUGUCAGCACCCCCACCAGGGUAUGCGGUGCUGGGGGGCGGAGGCCGUGACCACUAUGGUGAAGGCGGCCCUCAGUUACAAGUAUCAAACGGAACUCCAUCUCAAUCUGAAGUUACAGUCGAUGAUCCUGAGUCCUCUACAAGAGUUAUCUUCCAUACCUCAGCCAGACAUAAGACAGAGACAGUUAGAAUGUGUACUACAGAUACUGCACAACAACGGGGAUAAGCUGGUCCAUGGCUGGCCCCUUGUCCUGGGGGUCAUAGCAGCCCUCCACAAUGACCAGGGAGAGAAGUUGAUUCAGACAGCCUUUCAGAGCCUCCAACUAGUCGUCACAGAUUUCCUUCCCAUCAUUCCCUGUGUAUAUCUAAAGAACUGUGUGGAGGUGGCAGCUAAAUUUGGACUUCAGAAUCGGGAGCUCAACAUCAGCCUUACCGCUAUAGGACUUCUGUGGAACAUCUCAGACUUUUUCUACCAAAACCGACAACGAAUUGAGAGUGAGUUGAAUGCGGCCCAGUUGGGGGAGGGUAAGGAUGAUGUCCCCCCGUUUGAUGCCCUGUGGAUGACCCUGUAUAUGAAGCAAGGGGAGCUGUGUGUGGACCAGAGACCCGCGGUCAGGAAGUCCGCCGGACAGACUCUGUUCUCCACCAUCAGCGCUCACGGGGGUCUCCUCCAAACCAACACGUGGAAGAAAGUUCUAUGGCAGGUGUUGUUUCCUCUGCUGGAGAAUGUACAAAAAUUGUCCAGCACGGCCUCCAAUGUUAAAGACGAAGCCACCACUGGAAACAUUUUGAUCCACCACUCCCGAGACACGGCAGAGAAACAAUGGGCAGAGACCUGUGUCCUGUCAUUAGCGGGCGUCGCUCGGACGUUCAAUUCCAAGCGAAAAAUACUACAAACAAUUGGUGAUUUUCCCCGAGCUUGGUCCCUCCUUCUGGAGUAUAUAGAGACGAACGCUAUGUGUAACAAUGCAGAAGUGUCUCUGGCAGCUCUCAAGUCAUUCCAGGAAAUUCUUCAGAUGAGCCGUGACCCUAAGGAUAAGUCAGAUGACCUAUUGACCUUGAUGAAGCCUCCUUCUGAAGUGGUCAUCUCAAGGUCAGAGGACACCAGCAAGGUGUUACCAAGGACAACAAGUGAUGAUAGUGACCUUGACCUUGCCUUGUGGACGGCAGCCUGGAAGGUUUGGUUGAACAUUGGUACCAGUGCCACUAAGCCCCCUCCCUCUGGGGGUAAACCAACGGACCGGGGGGUAUAUGUCCCGUCACAAGCAUUCCUCACUGCCCUGGUGCAGACCUUCCCACCUCUGUUUGAGCAUAUCAAGUCACGGUUUGUGACGGCGGAUCUACAGAAGUUGUCCAAGGUUCUGAGGACCGCCCUCUGUGUCCCCGUUCAUGGAGAUGCCUCCCCGUUCAUCAUUCCCUCCUUUCCUGACGUCACUACCACCCCCCUACAGGAAGCCACCCUAGCCGCCAUGGAGUCCCUCAUUAAGGCUGUGCAGAUGGGCCCGGAAUCCAUGCAGUCCAUGUACCCUGACAUUUUUGACCAGUUGUUAACAUUCAUUGAGUAUGGAGUCAGGGUCCCCAAGUUUGGUCAGCUGGAUGCCAAGGCGUUUGGGGCUGUCAAAGGACCACAGGUGGACUGGGUGACCAUGAACUUUGUGCCAUUUGCGGAGAAGGCAGUAGACAUGGUUGUGGAUUUGUAUCGAGUCACUGCCAAGCAUCCUGUUGUGAUUCAGUCUCACGUUCUCCAGAAAAUUAUACAGACUUUCCGGCUCCCCCUGAGUUAUAAAUAUGCCUGCCCCUCCCCCUCGACCUGGAUGCUGGUCAUCAACUCCCUCAUUACCGUCCUGGGGGUGGGGCUCCCAGUGGCCAGAAAACAAGGGUCAGCUUUUCAAGGAAUGUGGGGUGAAUUAGCCAAAACUUUGGAAGAGUUCCUGUUUCCCAAGCAAUCUUCCCCUGCUACAUUAUCCAUGGAAGAUUUCCAGAGAGACGAGGCCAUAGACUGUAAGGUAGUACAAUUAAUCCGAGAUGACAUCUUGCCAUUUGCCUCAGCAAUUCCACCAGACUUUGUCAAACAAAUCAUGAAGCUGCUCAACAGGGGCUCCAUACAUUCCACCUCAUCAGAUUCCUUCAUAGACACAGACUCGAGUAAGAAGCUGAGAGAGGAGUUCGCCAAGAUCUGCUUUGAGACAUUACUACAAUUCUCAUUCAUUAAUAAAUCAAAAAGUGAGGAAGGUGCAAUAACCAAAAUGGCGGUGAUGUCACUGCUUCAGCGAUGUCAGGAAGUGGUCCGUAAGCAUGUGGAGGAUGAAAGACUCAGCGGGAAAUGUCCACUUCCCAGACCAAGGCUAGCAGAGAUGGCCUCUGUCCUUAAGGCAAUUACAACACUGCUGAAAUCCCUGAAACAAGCUCCACCAGGCAAUGUGGAGAAGCAGGUUUGGAGGAUGGUGCUCCACUUGUACCCCUGUCUGGUGGACUGUACCACCUCUCCCUCCCCGAGCGUGUGUAAGGCGCUCCGAGACGCCCUCCACGAGUACGCUGACCUCCUGUCUCCCCCGACAACCGCCGUCACCAACGGAACCACCUGAUCAAAGAACAGAUCAAAACUGGAACAAAGUAAAGCUCAGAACCCGACCUGGUGUUUGGUUCUGGUGCAUUAGUGCAAUCAACAAUGUUAUUUAUGGUGGAAGGGAUUUAUCUUGUGAUAUUCUACAGAUCUGCAAAGGCAAACUAUACUUAGAGGAACAUUAGUGGAGUUCUAAUGCUUAGGUUUAACUUUGUAUAGAAAUAAAAAAGGAAAAA